AUGGCUUUCCCGCAUGUUCGCAGAACCAGGUCCAUGGAUUUCAACAAGAAAGGCCGGCUGUCAAACCCUUGUCUCCUGCAUCGUAGUAAAUCCAGCAAGACCGUUGCCCAGCUAAGUCUCGAGAAUAUUCUACAGGGAACUACCAAUACUGCCGUCUCGGGCCACUCCAGAGUGAUUCUGGAGCCCAGUGUCAAACCUCGAGAUGCGAAACCACGUCUACUCCUUAUGGGACUUCGCCGCUCUUUCAUGGAUUUCCAAGUCUGGGACUUUCCUGGCCAGCUUGAAUACCUAGAGCCAUCCUUUGAUCUCGAAGAUAUCUUUGGAAGCCUGGGUGCCCUAGUCUGGGUUAUUGAUGCCCAGGAUGAUUACCUGGACUCGGUAGCUCGUCUCAACCGGACCAUCCUCACCGUCCAGCAGUACUAUCCAGGCAUCAAUGUCGAGGUUUUCAUUCACAAAGUGGAUGGGCUUUCAGAAGAGUACCGACACGAUGCAUACCAAGAUAUCGUCCAGCGUAUCACUGACGAACUCAACGAUGCCGGAUACGAAAACGCACCCGUUCACUUCUACCUAACAUCAAUCUACGAUUACUCCGUUUUUGAAGCCUUUAGUAAAGUCAUUCAAAAACUGAUCCCUAACCUCUCAACCCUCGAGAACCUCAUCACCACUUUGGGGAACAACUGUGGUUUCGAAAAGACCUAUCUUUUCGACGUUCUGAGCAAAAUCUACAUUGCUUCCGAUACGCGGCCUGUCGAUAUGGCCGCCUACGAGAUGUGCUCCGAUUACAUCGAUGUCAUUGUCGACAUCUCAGAACUGUACUCCUGGGACCACCCGCUUCGCAAGCACAAGGGUGAGCAAAUGCAAGAGGCUGAGAGCCAUGUCGUUCUGCAUGAUGAGACAAUGCUUCACCUCAUGGAGAUGAAUAAGUACCUUUGUCUCGUCUCGGUGAUUCGCAACCCAGAGGCCCGCGAGAAAAAGGGUCUGAUCGACAUGAACUGCCGGACGUUCCAGGAGGCAUUGAAUGAUGUAUUCUCUCGAAGCUGGGAGCGCGAAGAGGAACACGCAACUGAGUAA